CUUAGUCCCGUUUCCUCCUCCCCACAGCUCUCCUCCCCCUUCCUCUCUCACCGUCUCUGCACACACACACACUCUGUCUCUCUCCUUUCUCUCAGAAAUGGCCGCAGCGUCUUCAACCUCUCAAUCGUUCCUCCUUCAGAACCAUAGAACUCCAUUCUCGAAAAAGACCACGGGAAGCCUCUCUCUUUCCUGCCCCGUUAAUGACCACCUCCCAGCUCCACAGAGGAAGCCUCUCUCCAUUUCAUGCAAGGCCGUCGCGGCGGCCCCCGUCUCCCCUUCCGGCGCGCAAGCCCAAGAGCGAGUCUUCAAUUUCGCCGCCGGCCCCGCUACCCUCCCUUUGAACGUCAUCAAGAAGGCCCAGGCCGAGCUCGACAACUGGGGAGGGUCGGGCAUGAGCAUAAUGGAGAUGAGUCACCGUGGAAAGGAGUUCCUGUCCGUGAUCCAGGAGGCCGAGGCAGAUCUCCGCGAGCUCCUCAAGGUUCCCCAGGAUUACGAGGUCCUCUUCCUCCAGGGUGGCGCCACCACCCAGUUCGCGGCGAUCCCCCUGAAUCUUUGCAAGCCUGACGAUCCCGUCGAUCACAUCGUCACGGGGUCGUGGAGUGACAAGGCAUCCAAGGAAGCCCAAAAGUUCUGCAAGCCCACCGUCGUCUGGUCCGGCAAAUCGCAGAAGUACACCGGGAUUCCCUCAUUCAGUGAGAUUAAGCAGGACCCAAAUUCGAAGUACCUGCAUAUCUGUGCUAAUGAGACGAUCCACGGCGUGGAGUUCAAGCACUACCCGGCGCCUGUCGGAAAAGAUUGCGUCUUGGUGGCUGAUAUGUCGUCGAACUUCUGCUCCAAGCCGGUGGAUGUGUCGAAAUUCGGGUUGAUCUACGCCGGGGCGCAGAAGAACGUCGGCCCGUCUGGCGUGACCAUCGUUAUAGUUCGGAAGGAUCUCAUAGGCAACGCGCAGCCAGCGACUCCCGUGAUGCUUGAUUACAAGAUCCAUUCGGAGAACAAAUCUCUGUACAAUACUCCCCCAUGCUUCGCGAUCUACAUCUGCGGGCUGGUUUUCAAAGAUCUGCUGAACCAGGGAGGAUUGGAAGCGGUCGAACGAAAGAACUCAAAGAAGGCCGGGAUCCUCUAUGAUGCCAUUGACGAGAGCGGCGGAUUUUACAGGUGCCCGGUAGAGAAAUCUGUUCGGUCGCUGAUGAACGUCCCUUUCACGCUUGAGAAGUCGGAGCUCGAGGCCGAGUUCAUCAAGGAGGCUGCCUCUCAGGGGAUGGUGCAGCUUAAGGGGCACAGAUCGGUUGGUGGUGUUCGUGCUUCAAUCUACAACGCAAUGCCGUUGGAGGGCGUUGAGAAAUUGGUUGCGUUUAUGAAGGACUUUCAGGCCAAGCAUGCAUGAAUGUGACGGAGGAGGAAGGAUCGUAUAGUUUUGGUCCUGCAAAAUUUUCUGCUUUCUUGCGAGACGGAAUCCAUAGGUAUUGCCUCCCAAGUCGAUCACAUAUCUUGUUACUAUUAUGUUCUUAGUGUAGCAUCUUUGUUACUCUUUCGAGUAAUAUGUAACGGCAGCGAGUAUGAUGGAAUAAACAUCUCUUUGUUGUUUUGA